AUGGGUUUAUUUGGCGCAUUAGCAGGAGUUGCAUCCAGAUUUUUGCCCGCAGUGGGAACAAUAGCCAGAGGUGUAUUUGGAGUUGGAAGGAAGAUUUUGAGUACAUUAGGUAUACUUAAAGAGAAAGCACAACCUAUUAUACAAACUGUACAGAAAGGUUGGGAUGUAGCACGAGAUGCAACAAAUCUUAUUCCAAAUCCUGAAACAAGAGGAAAAGUUCAAGGAUGGAUGGACAAUGUAGGAAGACAAGCAGGAAACUAUUAUAACAAAGCA